AUGUCUCCCAACGUACUCGGCGACAAGGACGUCAACGCCACCGUCGUGGUCAGUGACCCUCAGUCCACCAAGGACCUCAAGAGCAUGGAGUACCACCGCCAGGUCCUGCAGAACAAGAUGGCCCAAGAGAAGUACGACAAACUACAGCCUCGCAGCAGUAACAAGAACAAAACUCUAAACUCCAUUGUCCUCGAUAGGUCCAAGACGUACAUCUCGCCAUCUGACAACAUCAUGAGCCCUUGCACCGCUAAGCUCAGCGCCCUUCGCAACAAGCAGGUUGGCAAGGUCAAGCCCAAGUCUCUCUUCGCCCAGACUUCUGCCAAGAAGCUCAGAAGCGACGCCGCCGUGUUCGGCGACCAAGCAGGCACGCCUACCAAAGACAGUGCCUUCUAG